UCCUGCGCGAGCUUUUUCACCUCGUUUCAGUCAUUGAUUGCCAACUAGAAUUGUCGCCGAUUCCUGCCCCCUUACCUCUCAACUUUGUUCCAUCGGCGCAUACCUUCAAAAAAUGAUUCGGCCUUUUCUCUUGCUUGCCUUCGCCGUCUCGGCGACGGUUUCCCAGCUCCAAAACCCCGUGUUUCCCGAGGGAUGGGCGUCAACUGAUCCCACUGAGCCGUCCCCGCUGGGCUCCCGGCUCGGCCACGUCGUUCGUGUCAUCGAUGACAUACGCGAAAUCGGAGGGACAGCAGGCAUGUCCAUCGGCGUCAUGUAUCAAGGAAAGGUUGUUUUGGAGCGCCACCUCGGGUUUGCGGACGUGGAGAAUGCGGCGGUGGCCACGUCAAACACAAGAUACCCGUUGGGCUCCUUGACCAAGUCCUUUGUUGCGGCCACUGUCGCCCAGCUUGUCGAGGACGGCCUCCUGGAAUGGGAGGCGCCGAUUACGACCUACCUCCCUGAGCUCUCGUUCGACUCGGAUCCGUCCUUGUCCGACCAAUUGACGUUGGUCGACCUGCUGUCGCACCGGACAGGCCUGGUCCGUUUGGAUUCGCUGUGGUUAGGAGCCGAUGGCCAAGUCAAUAUUCGCAAGAACGAAACCAUCCGCAUGUGCAACCACCUGUUCGCAAUACGCCCGCAUCGGUCCGGGUUUCUUUACAACAACUGGAUGUAUGCGCUAGCUGGGCAGAUCAUCGAGCGGGUGACCAACUCCUCAUUUGGAGAGGCCCUUGCCGCCCUUGUUCUGGACAAGGCCGGCCUCUCCCAGACGACCCUCAUGAGCUCUGACCUGCCGCCAAACUCGACCGCGCUCCCGUAUCUCAUCCUGGACCACAAGCUUCCGGCACGGAUGGCCCAAGACCUGGGCAUGAUGGAUGGGUCGCUGAUGUCUUCAGCCGGUGGUAUCCGCAGCACUGUCCACGAUAUGCUCAGCUGGGGCCAUGCCCUGCUCGGCCCCUUCCGCAACGACAGUGUCCUGAGCCGUCAGCUUGACGCUCUCCUAUCCGGCCACAACAUUCUGAACAGCUCUCGCGAAUCGGACGAGCUUUACGGUCUGGGACUGGCGAAGGUCAUAAUGCCGGCCCAGUUCGGCAAACUAGGCUUCAACCCCGGGCUGGUAAAUGUUCCAGUUUUAAGCGCUGGUACCAGGACCCCCCUCGUCUUCUACCACAAUGGCGCCAUCAGUGGCUACAACAACUGUUUUAUGCUCAUCCCUGAGCUCCAGGCGGUGAUAGUCAUCCUGACGAACUCGAUAGCGCAGGGAGACGUUGCAGAUUGGGCUGCGCAGACCUUGCUCCAGGCGGUCCUGAACUCACCAUCGCCGAUAGACCUUCGGCCUCUAGCCCAGCAGGCCGCUGACAAAUGGACCACCUUCUACCAAACCAUGUCUGACGAGCUAGAACGUGACCGCAUCCCGAACACUGAAGAGCCCAAGCACCCGGAGCUGGUGGGGACUUAUCGGCAUGAGACGGGAGCGCUGGCCUUGGAGGUUUUCGAGAUGGCAGACAGCAACAUACUGAAGUUCAACAUCAACGGCGAGCAGAGCCAGGUCCACACACUCACCCAUUACCACAAUGCCAGCUUCAUCUUCCUGCCGCCAUCGGAUGCGGAACUGAUCGGCCGGGGUCUUUUCCACUACGGCACCGACACGUGGCUGCUUCACUUCAAGCGGGAUUCCGGAGGGCGGAUGGACCGCAUCAUCUGGAACCUCGACGGAGAAGCCCCAGCCGGAGAAACAUUUGUCAAAUUGGAGGAUUAAAGCUGCUGCACUGUAUUUGUUGGUACAGGACAGUGAUGGCGUGUUUCGGAUGCGCCCUUAAAAACAGCUACAAUAUGUAAUAAUACUGGACUACCCCUUUUCGCUAUAAUAGAACGUAAGCCAAAACAUAAAAAGCACGUACGGGCCGGCCCGUGCAUGCAACGGAUGUUAUUCUUAACGUUAACCUUAAACCUGGGCUGG